GCCGCCGCCACCUCCUCCUCCUCCUCCCCAGCCCUCCCUUCCCACGCCCCAGUGCGCUGUGGGAUAGUGCCACUAUAAAGUAUAUCCUCCCUCGGAGAAAGAUAAGAAGCCCGAGACAGGAGGGGGAUGAAGAUGGCGGACGCCAAGCAGAAGAGGAACGAGCAGCUGAAGCGGUGGCUGGGCUCGGAAACGGACCUGGAGCCUCCCUUGCUGAAGAAGAAGAAGACGAAGGUGAAGUUCGACGAUGGCGCCGUGUUUCUGGCCGCCUGCUCGAGCGGCGACACCGAGGAGGUGCUGCGAAUGCUGGACCGGGGCGCUGACAUCAACUACGCCAAUGUGGACGGUCUCACGGCUCUUCACCAGGCGUGCAUCGACGACAACGUCGACAUGGUGACCUUCCUGGUGGAGCACGGGGCCAGCAUCAACCAGCCCGACAACGAGGGCUGGAUCCCCCUCCACGCUGCAGCUUCCUGCGGUUACCUAGACAUAGCAGAGUAUCUCAUUAGCCAGGGUGCUAAUGUGGGCGUCGUGAACAGUGAGGGGGAGACGCCUCUGGACAUCGCUGAAGAGGAGGCGAUGGAGGAGCUCCUGCAGAACGAGAUCAACCGACAAGGGGUGGACAUCGAGGCGGCGCGGAAAGAGGAGGAGCGGGUCAUGCUGAGGGACGCCCGGCAGUGGCUCAACAGCGGCCAGAUCCAGGACGUCCGGCACGCCAAAUCGGGCGGGACGGCGCUCCACGUGGCCGCCGCCAAAGGAUACGUCGAGGUUUUAAAGCUUUUAAUCCAAGCAGGGUAUAAUGUAAAUAUUAAGGACUACGACGGCUGGACUCCUCUACACGCCGCCGCACACUGGGGCAAAGAGGAAGCGUGUCGGAUACUGGUGGAGAACCUGUGCGACAUGGACCUCAUUAAUAAGAUGGGCCAAACCGCUUUUGAUGUAGCAGAUGAAGAUGUUCUUGGCUACUUAGAAGAACUACAAAAGAAACAGAAUCUGCUAAUGAGCGACAAAAAGGGCGUUAAGAAUUCUCCCAUCAUUGAAACAACCACCACGGGGGAUAACAACCAAUCACUGAAGCCCGUCAAGAGCAAAGAGACGCUGCUGCUGGAGCCCGAGAAGACGGCGCCGCGCAUCGACACCAUCGAGCGAGAGAAGGUGGACGAAGAAGAGGAGGGGAAGAAGGACGAGUCGAGCUGCUCCAGCGAAGAGGAGGAGGAGGAGGAUUCGGAGUCGGAGACCGAAGCAGCGCCUCCGGAAAAGAGCAAACCCUCAGCGGCGGUGAGCAACAGCACAACUCCUGCCCCGACCAGCAUCUCCGUGUCCUCGACGACCGGCCCAACUACUAACCAGGUGACGACUCCAACCUCUCCAGUUAAAAAGUUUGAUUGUGUUACUCCCCCCAUGCCUGUGGCGGAGCCGGGCUGUCCUGCAUUGUGGCGUCAAGGUUUGCGCAAAACUGGCAUUUCUCUAGUGCCCAAAAAACCCAUGGUCGCUCAGCCUUCUGGAAAGGUCUCGGCUAAAGUGGAGGAGGAGAGGAAGGACGAGUCUCCCGCGUCGUGGCGCCUGGGUCUGAGGAAGACGGGCAGCUACGGGGCGCUGGCCGAGAUCACGGCCACCAAGGAGGCGCAGAGGGAGAAGGACACCACGGGGGUGAUGCGGUCGGCGUCGAGCCCUCGACUCUCGUCGUCCCUGGACAACAAAGACAAAGAAAAGGAAAAAGACAAAGGAACCCGGCUGGCCUACGUCGCCCCGACCAUCCCCAGGAGACUGGCCAGCACUUCAGACAUCGACGAGAAGGAAAACAGGGACUCGACUUCUCUGAUACGUAGCGGCUCCUACACCCGGCGACGCUGGGACGACGACCUGAAGAACAGCGAAGGAAGCGCCUCCACCAAUAGAAGCACCAGCUACCAGCGCAGCACUUCCCAUACGCUAGCGCUAGGGCGGAGCGGCAGCACGCGGGACGUGCCGGCCAAGUCUUCGUCAACCUCCAGCUUGGACCCUAACACCUGUAACACUAAACCCUGGCAGCCUUCCGCCUCCCCCUACCAGUCUUACAGCAUUUACCGCAGCGGCUCUUUUGGCAGACGACACGAGGACCUGAGCUCCUCGACCACGUCCGCCUCCUCGACGACCACCACCUCCUCAUCUGUUACCUCGCCCACAGGCCAUCGCGGCCUGCUCUCCAGCCUGGGCUCCUCCUCCACUCGCACUGGCUCCACCAGUCUCACCAGCAGGUACUGGUCAGAGGAGAGUGCAGAGAGGGAAAAGGAGAGGGAGAAGGAGUCGGCCGCGGUCAUCCCCACUAUAAACACUGGCUCUACAACGACCACCACAUCUACCACUACCAGCGCCAUAUCUACCACUACCACCACUACCACUGGCAUCGUCACUGGCUCCGAAAGACGCAGGUCAUACCUGACGCCAGUGCGAGACGAGGAGUCGGAGUCUCAGAGGAAAGCUCGCUCCAGACAGGCUCGACAGUCAAGGAGGUCCACUCAGGGCGUGACUCUGACCGACCUGCAAGAGGCCGAGAAAACCAUCGGCCGGACUCGUACCCCAAAGACCCGCGAGGAGGAGAAGGAGGAGAAGGAGAAGCAGGACAAGGAGAAGCAAGAGGAGAAGAAGGAGACGGAGACAAAGGAGGACGACUACCGGUCGAAGUAUCGCAGCUUUGAAGAGCGUUACCGGCCCUCGUCCUCCUCCUCCACCUCCUCGCUCAGCACUGCCUCCACCCCUUCCUACUCCAGCACCGCUCUGUCCUCCAGCUCCAGCUCCCUCAACAGGCCCAACAGCCUGACGGGCAUCACCUCCUCCUACAGCCGCUCCUCCAGAGACACAGAAAAAGAGUUGGACAAGAGGGACGAGGAGAAGGAGGGAGAGGACAAGUCGCAGCCUCGCUCCAUACGGGAUCGAAGGCGGCCCCGAGAGAAGAGACGCUCCACCGGGGUCUCCUUCUGGACUCAAGAUGGUGAUGAAAAUGAUCCCGACCAGCAGUCUGACUCAGAGGAGGGUAGCACUAAAGGAGAGCCACAGAGUGACCGACUGUCCAGGAACGAGAGCACUUCAUCCUUAGAUCGCAACGACGCUCUUUUUAGCCGUAGCUACGGCGAGAGUCGAAGGCCAUACUCCAGCCGACUGGACAGAGACGACACCACUGACUACAAGAAGCUCUAUGAGCAGAUCUUAGCUGAGAACGAGAAGUUGAAGGCCCAGUUACGUGACACAGACCUGGAGCUGGCAGACUUGAAGCUACAACUAGAGAAGGCCACACAGAGGCAGGAACGCUACGCUGACCGAUCACAGCUCGAGAUGGAGAAAAGGGUAACAAGCAGGCCCCAAUAUCAUCUGGGUGGUGGAAAGAAGAGCUCUAGAAAGGAAGAUUUCUGAGAUGGAGGAGGAACUUAAGAUGCUCCCGGACUUGAAAGCAGACAACCAGAGACUAAAGGACGAGAACGGAGCGCUCAUUCGAGUCAUUAGCAAGCUUUCCAAGUAGACCCCUGUCCCGCCCCGUCCCGUCCUACCCCAGUCUUCUGCACCACCCCCCCCUCCCUCCAGUCCCCCAUGGCAGUGACUAAUGGAAUUGCACAUUUAGAUAUUAAUUGCAACAGACAUCAGAGACAAGACUCCUUCUUCUUUUUUUUUUUUUUGUUUUUUGUUUUUCUUCCUCCUCCUCCUCUUCAACUCUUAAUCUCCUUUUUGCUCCAGCAUCCAUUCAUUCAUCCUUCCAUCUUACUAUAAUCCACCCAGAUCGCUGCUGUCCCCAUAGUUUACAGAGCAAAAGGAAAAAAAAUAACACAAACAAACAAACAAACAAAAAAAAAGAGACGUAAGGGUUUCGCAUGUAAUAGCGUCGUGGGCGGGGGAAGCCUGAGAAAACUAUUUAACCAAUAAGCCUUAGUUGUACAUAAGGAGGAAAAAGAUGGAAAACGAUCUCUCUCUCUCUCUGACUCUUUCAGCUAUCACUGAAGAACAGAUAUUAUCCGACACCUUUUUUUUUUUUUUUAAAUUUGUGCCACAAUUCUUUAUCGUCGUUUCCUCUUCCUGUUUGUGUGCUGUGCAGCCCCUCCCCCUCCCCGUCGCCUAGCAACCUCUCCUCCUCCUCCUCUAAAGUGCCACUCCUCCCCGAUAUCAGCUCCUUUGUGGCUAUUUUAUUUUUCUCCUCCUCCUUCCCCUGAAACACACAAACUACUCACCACCUCCUUUUCUUUUUCUUUCUUUCUCUUUAUUUUUUUGUGUGCGUCUUCCUCCAAGAGGGAUUUAAAAGAAAAAAAAAAAACAAAUUCUCGCUUUAGCGAAACGAGGCGGAUCUGGUGGAAUUUAAGCUUUCACUGUAUGUGCAAUAUGCAUUUCUUCUUCUUCUUUUUUUUUUUUAAAAAAACGCUUUAAUAACGAGUCCAUCACAACUAGUAGGAUAUAUUUUUUUUCCACUCUUCCACCGCUUCCAUCGCUCACUUUCUCCCCCCUCUUCCUCUUCCUCCUCCUCCUCCUCUUUUUUUUUUUUGUUUUAAGUUUGUAGUGUAGUCAGUUUAUACUCUGUAUUUCUCACUUUGUUUUAGCAGGUACUGAGUGAUGCUGUAUAUACCUGUAUGUAUUUGUUUGAGACCAGCACAUGGCAUGCGUUUAUGGUUCCCGUCUGUUACUAUUAAAAAGUAUACAAAUUCCAGAGGACGACAAAGGUGUGUUUUAAUUCUUUUUUUUUUUUUUUAUAGUCUAAAGACAUUGAAUGCAGCACAGUUGUGUUCAGUGCUUUUUUUUUUUUUUUCAAAUUUAAAAUUGUGAGAUUUAAGAAGAAGAAAAAAAGAAUAAUCGCUUCACUACAUUUCACUUUGUAUUCUUGGAAGAGUGCUGUUAAUUUUUUUUUUUUUUUUUUUUUUUUAAAAGCUGUAGUAUUAUAGCUGAGGUGUUGUCACUAAAAGAAAAAAAAUAAAAAUAAAAGAAAGAAAAUAGGUAUUGCUAACCCAGUCCUUUCUACACUGUCUACAUGCACUGUCGAUGCCAUGUGAGGAGUCUCGAUGUGGGGUGAAAAAUAAAUCGCCACCGUGAAAAUAUUCCACUCACCUGAGAACGUUUUAUGCAUUUCAGUGGCCUUUUUUAAGGAUAUUUUAGCGAAAGAAAGAAGUCAAAAAAAGAAGUCAAGACGAGUCACUGCGGAUGGACUGACGGCCAUCUACUUUUUUUUUCUUCCUUUAUUAUUAUUAUAAUUAUUAUUAUUAUUAUUAUUUUUUCCUCCCCAUCAUCAUCUUGUAAAAUAGGUGUGUGGCUUAAUACAUGCAAGCUGUGCUGUGACUACCAACCACUGAAGAGUUCAUUAAAAAUAAAACUUGUACAUUGUAAAGUU